CGGAGCCAUGCAAAUCACUUCCUCUGGCUGCGUCCCACGGGCGGGGAGCAGGGAGCGGGUCCGAGCCCCCGGUGCGGGGGCAGGUGUGAUCCGGCCGCGGCAGGCGGGCCCAGCCAGGGCCCUGUUAGGCCUGAGCACCCGCGAAGUCCUGCAGCUGUGGAGAGUGGAGGCUGACCUUUCCCUUUCUAGAGAAAUCUGGCCCCUCCUUAAGUCUUCAGGUCCCACAUCACCAUUCAAAAUGGACAUCGACAUCGAGUGCCAGGAGUUGAGUGGGUCCAGAUGGACCGAGCUUGUUUCUUCCAUGAAAGACUGCAAAGCCAUCAGGCUGGAUUACUGCAAGCUCUCCAGGAGUCAUUGUGAAGAUCUGUGCUCUGUCCUCAGUACAAACCAGUCCCUGAAAGAGCUGAAGUUGGAUCAUAAUGAGCUCAAGGAUGAGGGUGUGGAAGUACUGUGUAAAGGACUUCUGACACCAAGCUGUAACUUGGAGUUGCUAUGGCUGGAAAACUGCAACCUAACAGGUGCCUGCUGUGAGAGUCUCCGCUCUGUUCUCAGCGCAAAACCAUCUCUGACAGACCUGCACCUAAGCAGGAACAAGCUAGACACCUCAGGAGGAAAAGUGCUCUGCCAAGGGUUGCUAGAUGCCAACUGCAAGGCACAGAGUCUCGUGAUGAGGUCUUGUGAGCUCAGAGGGGAUAAUGCUGAGAUGCUUACAUCCAUUCUGAGCAAGGCCACCCUGAAGAAACUGGACAUAAGUAACAAUAAACUGGGAGAUGCAGCAAUAAAACAGCUAUGCCAGGGAUUGAUGGAUCCAAACUCUAACUUGCAGUUACUACAUCUGGAGAACUGUGACAUAACAGCUGACAGCUGUGGGGACCUGGCCACGGUUCUCAGUACAAAGCCUCUUCUGUUAGAUCUGGCUGUGGGUAAAAACAAUAUUGGAGAUGCAGGCUUCACUCUGCUGUGCAAGGGACUGGUGUAUCCCAACUGCAAUAUACAGAAAUUGUGUCUGGAUACCUGUGGCAUGACAGCUGAUAGCUGUGGGGACCUGGCCACUGUUCUCAGUACAAAUCCUUCUCUGCUAGAUUUGGCUUUGGAUAACAACAAUAUUGGAGAUGUAGGCCUCAUUCUGCUGUGCAAGGGACUGAUACAUCCCAAAUGCAAUAUACAGAAGCUGUGGUUAUGGGAAUGUCAUUUCACAGCUGUAGCUUGUAAGGAUCUUGCCAAUGUUAUUGGUACAAAAGAGUCCCUCAGACGAAUAAGCCUGACUUUGAAUGAGCUGGGAGAUGCAGGAAUGGAAAUGCUGUGCCAAGGACUGAAGGACCCAAAAUGCAAACUCCAGUUUCUAUCGCUAAAAGAGUGUGGCCUCACCAGUGCCUGUUGUGAGAGCCUCCGCUCCGUUCUCAGCACAAAACAGUCCUUGAAACACUUGGAAAUAGGCUCAAACAGGCUAAAAGAUGAAGGAGCAAAACUGAUCUGUGAGGGACUGCUGGACACUAACUGCAAUUUGGAGACCAUAUGGCUGGGGGAGAGCGAGCUCACAGCUGCUUGUUGUGACAGUCUUGCUGCUGUCAUCAGGACCAAGCAGUGCCUUAGAUACCUGGGGCUGGAUCUUAACAGGCUGGAGAAUGAAGGUGUAAGGAAGCUAUGCGAAGCUGUGAGAAGCCCCAACUGCAAACUGAAGUACCUAAUGUUAUAUGACAUCUACUGGAGUUCUGAAGUGGAGGCUGAACUGCGAGCCCUGGAGGAAUCUAAGCCUGGACUGAAGAUAAUUUUCUGAGUCCACUCUUGGUGCCCAACUGCCACCUUCAUCUGAACUGUUUUCCUUGAAAGCUAGCCGAUGAAUCACCUCUAGAAUAUACUUUUAGCAAAAAAAUGGAAUUUCUGUGGAACAAGUUGUCUCUCCAGAGAACUGGGGAACAUCAUGUGUAUUCCUGGACAUAUCAAGCCUGAGGCUUGCUGGAGCUUCAGAGUUUCAUCACAGCAUUUCCAUUCCCAUAGCAUUGCCUGGACAUGAUCUUUACCCUCUUGCAACAUUUUAAUUAUAACAAUAAUUGCUAAUAUGCUAGCCUGGCUUUCUAGAAUGGCUUUUCACUGUUGGACUCCUCAAGAGCAGAACAACCUCAUUUAGUAGAAGUAGUUUUCCCCAGAUAGAUGGUUCUGUGACUAUCUGGAAACAAAGGAAAAGAAGUCUAUGCUCUAAAACAGAAUCGUGCUAGGCCUUCUGAGGAAGACGCCUAUACUCCUUGAGGAAAGUGGUCACGGUGAGAGCCCUCAUACUUCAAGUGAUGCACUCUCAUUCUGGCACUUGCUUUCACAUGAAAGAAAUCUUUAAAAGGAGACUUGCUCAUGUGCAGUUCUGAGAAUACUGGAAAUGACUAUAUUUUCUGAAUUAUUUGGUCUGGUGAGAACAGCUUUAUAAACAUUUUCUACUCGUAAUAAAAUUAUUUGCAAAGAA